UACCCCCCACCCCCCCUCCCCCCCCUCCCUUAGCUCCCUAAAUGGAUGGGGGCAGUCUUGGCAGUUCAGCACAGGCCAAAAGAUUGGAAACAACUUGCGAAUAUCCGUCAGUUUGGCGUCUAGAGGGAAACGCUCAGAAAUGACCGGCUGCCUCGCUGGAGCUCAACUCUGAGGACUUUUCUCCUGCAUUUGUGCUUUUUUUUUUUUAUCAGGAGGAAGGACUCUGUUCAAAGUUUACAACAGAAAGGAAAACUCAGCGUGGCAGCUCUCACACUAUAGCCCUCGCUAUGGAUUGUAUGUAUUUAUUCAUGUGCUUUUCACUCAGUCAAGUAUUUUUGGAUCAUAUUUUCGCUGCAGAAACACAUGAAAAACUCUCUGGAAAGUUAAGUGAAUAUGGUCUUAUCGUGCCAUUCAGCACAGACUCCCAUGGCCGGUACAUUUCUCACGUGGUCUCUGCUGGAAGUGGAAGUAAAGGUGGUUGUGCAGCUGCUGCUCCUGAUGGUGCCUCCUCAAACUUUGGCAGCAGAAGAAGGGCGGCCCGCAGUGCCCCCGAGAUGCCCUCGGUCACCUCCGCCCCGGCUCAGCACUUGUUUUUCAAUGUCACUGUGUUUGGGAAAGAACUACACCUCCGUCUGAGGGCCAACAGGAGGCUAGUGGCCCCGGGGGCUUUUGUGGAAUGGCAGGAGGACUUUGUGGAAAAGGCCAAGGAACAUAUCCACAGGGACUGUGUUUUUACUGGAGAUGUGAGUGACAUGCCAGAAGCCUCUGUGGCUAUCAGCAAUUGUGAUGGACUGGCAGGUCUGAUCCGGACUGAUAAUGGGGAGUUUUUCAUUGAGCCCCUCGAGAAGGGCCAACAGGAUGUGGAAGUGAAGGGGCGUGUCCAUGUGGUCUACCGCAGGUCAGCCAUCAAACGUGAGACGGGCCAGCGGAGGGAGGACCUCCACAAUGAAGUGGUAGACUUCGGGAUCGCAAAGCUCCCAGUGGCUCUGGAUCUCGUCGAACAUAAACUUUCUGAGUCGGAGCGCAAGAGGAGGCACGCGAAGAAAGACGACUACAACAUUGAGGUGCUGCUGGCUGUGGACGACUCUGUGCUGCGCUUCCAUGGCAAGGAGCAUGUGCAGAAUUAUGUUCUUACACUCAUGAACAUAGUUGAUGAAAUCUACCACGAUGAAUCUUUGGGAACCAACAUCAACAUUGUCCUUGUCCGCAUGAUAAUGGUCGGGUACCGACAGUCUAUAAGCUUGAUUGAGCGUGGUAACCCAUCCCGCAGCCUGGAGCAGGUGUGCCGAUGGGCCAACACGCAGCAGCGCCGCGACCCCGACCACUCCGAGUACCACGACCACGCCAUCUUCCUCACAAGGCAAGAUUUUGGUCCCGCAGGUAUGCAAGGUUACGCUCCGGUUACAGGGAUGUGCCACCCACUGAGGAGCUGCACUCUGAACCACGAGGACGGCUUCUCCUCUGCCUUUGUGGUUGCUCAUGAAACCGGCCAUGUGCUAGGCAUGGAGCAUGAUGGCCAGGGAAAUCGUUGCGCUGAUGAGACCAGUAUGGGCAGCAUCAUGGCUCCACUUGUCCAAGCAGCUUUCCACCGCUAUCACUGGUCACGUUGCAGCAAGCAGGAGCUCAAUCGAUACAUCCACUCCUAUGACUGCCUGCUGGAUGAUCCCUUUGAACACAAGUGGCCCAAGCUUCCUGAGCUCCCUGGAAUAAAUUAUUCAAUGGACGAGCAGUGCCGCUUUGAUUUUGGUGUUGGUUACAAAAUGUGCACUGCUUUUCGAACCUACGAUCCUUGCAAGCAACUGUGGUGCAGUCACCCUGACAACCAGUACUUUUGUAAAACCAAAAAAGGUCCUCCGGUGGAUGGAACAGAGUGUGCUCCAGGAAAGUGGUGCUUCAAGGGCCAUUGCAUCUGGAGAUCCAGCCAGCAGCCCCAGGGCCACGAUGGGAGUUGGGGCUCCUGGUCAAAGUUUGGCUCUUGCUCCAGAACAUGUGGGGGUGGAGUUCGCUCCCGCAACAGACAGUGCAACAACCCUCCGCCUGCCUACGGCGGUCGAGAUUGCCCUGGCUCUGCUUUCGACUACCAGAUGUGCAACACAGAGGAGUGUGCUGGCACUUACGAGGACUUCCGUGCUCAGCAGUGCAUCCAGAGGAGCAACAAAUACCACAAAAACAUCAAGCACACCUGGCUACCGUAUGAGCACCCAGAUGAGGCCCGUAAGUGUGAGCUGAGCUGCAAGUCAAAGGAAACAGGGGAGGUGGUGUUCAUGAACCAGGUGAUGCAUGAUGGGACCCGCUGCAGCUAUUCAGACCCCUUCAGCGUGUGCGCUCGAGGAGAGUGUCUGCAUGUAGGCUGCGACAAGGAGGUCGGCUCUUACAAACAAGAGGACAAAUGUGGAGUGUGUGAAGGGGACAACUCCCACUGUCGCACUGUGAAGCUGACACUCACCAAAACACCCAAAAAGAACGGAAUGCUGAAAAUGUUCGACAUCCCAAUAGGAGCCCGCCACAUAGUUAUCGAAGAGAACGAGACCUCCCCUCAUAUAAUUGCUGUGAAGAAUCAAGUUACUGGAAACUUCAUACUCAAUGCAAAAAGUGAAGACGCUGAAUCAAAGACCUUCAUCGAAAAUGGUCUACAAUGGGAGUAUUCCAUCGAUGGUGAGAAGGAGACCCUGAAAACAUCUGGUCCUCUGCAUGAAGGCAUUGUAGUGCUGGUAAUUCCCCAGGAAGAAGACGCGAAGAUCAGCUUGACAUAUAAGUAUAUCAUACAUGAGGACCUGUUACCGCUUAUUACCAACAACAAUGUUCUUCUGGCUGAACUUGACACUUAUGAGUGGGCACUGAAAAGCUGGUCUCAGUGCUCCAAACAUUGUGGGGGAGGCAUACAGUACACAAAAUAUGGAUGCAGAAGGAAGAGUGACAGCCGUUUGGUUCAUCGUAACUUUUGUGAAACCAGCAAAAAGCCCAAACCCAUCCGGAAACGCUGCAAUGUCCAAGAGUGCAGCCAGCCCACGUGGGUGGUGGAAGAGUGGAGUCCCUGCAGUAAAACCUGCGGGAAGCUCGGCUACCACACCAGGGUGGUGCAGUGCAUGCAGGCGCUCCACAACGGCACCAACAGGCCUGUCCACAGCAAACACUGCACUGAGGAUCGCCCAGAGACCAGGAGAGCCUGUAACCACACAAUAUGCCCCGCCCAGUGGAGGACAGGGGCAUGGUCUCAGUGUUCGGUGACCUGUGGCGAGGGGAUUCAGCAAAGACAGGUGGUUUGCAAGGCCAGCGACAACACCAUUGGCGAAUGUGAGGACGAGAAGCCAGAAACAGUCCUCAUUUGCAAACUCAGUUCUUGUCCAGGACAGCCAGUGUCAUCUCUUGACAUUGAAACAAUGGAUAACUCCUCAAUAAAAGACGAAGCUGUACACCAAAGGGCUCCUGAAAACCCUGUCCACAAAAUCUCUUCAAAUGAGCCAUGUCUGGGGGAUAAAUCUAUUUUCUGUCAAAUGGAGGUUCUUGCACGUUACUGUUCCAUUCCUGGAUAUAAUAAGCUUUGUUGUGAGUCUUGCAACAAGAAAGACAACCUUGACACACAUAGUCCUGACUUCCAAAACACACCAGUGUCCUCAUUGGAAACUGAGACCUCCACUCCUUCUCACCCUGCAUCACCCAAGGCUCCCGCAUCCGCUACAACCCAGAGCCCGCCGCAAACCACUAAAGCCAUUGGCAGACGGCUUCGCUCCACUGCCCCGGUGCCAACCACGGCUACCGCUGCUGAAGCCUCUCCAUCGACGGGUGCUGCUCUGACCCAGGGUCCCACCAGCGACUCCUUCCUCACAGCUGCAAAGGGAGACUUACACACGGGGCCUCUUCUACCUCCAGGGCCGACACGGCCCACAGCAGCCUCCAGUGGAGGUGCCUCUAAAGAGCACAGUCCAAACAGCACUUUAGGCCCAGUUGCUGCCAGGUCAAGAAGGGACAAUUUAGGAUCCGAGAGGGACUCGAGUCACAGAACCCUGUCAGCUCAGAAAUGAACAGUGAGCGAUGUUGUGAACGUGCUGGGCAGUGAGUCUCAUACAUCAGCUCACCCUUUGAAGCAUCCAAUAGACUCGCAGUCUCGCUGCAGAUAUUUUAUUUCUUUUUUACAAAGAUUUUUGUUUUUCCAUGCCAGUGAACUUAGACCAGACCAGUGAUGGUUACCUCAUCAAAACUCCGGAGUGAUCCGUGUGCAGCGGCGCUCUGCCCUCUGUGCUUCAAAUAUGAAACGGGAAAAAAAAGUUGUCAGGUGCUGUAAACUAAAACUACAAGACGUGUUCAAAAUGUGAUGACUGCAUUGCUACAUUCAUGUUUUUAUCUGUGUACACUUGUGUAAGCCUGUUUUUUCAAGUGCAUUAGAACUACUAUUGAACUUGUUUUGUGAACAUGUGAGGAGAGGUCAAAGGCCAUGGUUUUGGAGGUGCACGUGUCAACUAUGGAGACUAGAGUGUGCCACCAGAAAAAUUAUAGACCCUGCCAGUGGUCACUUAUAAUCAAUUAAUAUAUUGCUAAGUUAAAAAAUAUUUAUUACAUUUUAAUGAUGCACUGAAUAAAGCAAAGUCAAUUUGCAGAUGUAUAAUUUGAAUUUCUUAUUCUGUUUUAAGAAUUAAUAGAAUUUUAAAAUAUAAUUGCAAAAAUAUUUUUAAUCUAUAUGCAAUCUAUUUUGGUUUGGUCGUCAUCACCAAGAAAUAGCUACUGCCCCUAAAACCAACAUUUUUAGGUUUUUUGUUCACAGUUUUUAGAGGUGUUGAUAGAUGUAUUUCUUCACUUUGGAACAUCCCCUUGUUUCCAGUCUUUAUGCUAAGCUAGGCUAAUCACUUCCUAGCUCGGGGCUUUACGUUUGCUGUACAGACACGAGAUUGGUAUCAAUUCAGUUAAAUUAAAUCAAAUUCCGUGGGGCUAUUUUGACAUGGGAAACAGACAUAUAAAUUGCCAAAGCAAGUGUGAAAGAAAAACAUGUGCAUAAACAAAAAUAAUCUUAUCAAUAAUAGCAUAUUUCCCAAAAUGUCCAAAUUGGUAUUUUAUUGAUAAUUUGUACUUAGAUUGUUUCAUUUCAGAUUAUUUAAAUGCAGAUGUAAUCAAUCAAUUCAUUAUGGCUUUUAAAAUGUAUCUAACUGAUUAUAAUAAAACACCUGUUAAGUCUAUAAUCAUUUCAGUGGCACACUCCAGACUCCAUGGUCAUCACUCCCGGCAGGGAGCUUCAUAGCUUCUCUGUCCCCGGUGCUCUUUUUUUGUUGUUGUUUGUUCCCAAAUCCAACUACUGGUGAUUAUCAUCACUGGUAAAAAUAAAUAAAUAAAUAAAUAAAAAAUCAUAACUGUUUGUAAGCCCACUCCACUUUAGCAUGCCCAGUGUCUGUUUUGGAUGUCAGUCACUUACGCUUUCAAAACAAAAAGAUAAAUGAAAAAACUCAUUAUGUUAUUUUUUGUAACUGAUAUGUUUUUAGAUAAUAUGUAUAUAGUGUAAAUUUCAAGCAAUGAAAAGAAAUUGACAACCAGGAUUACAGAAAGUAUGUUGUAAUUGGAAAAUACCGGCGAUGCUGUAAGUCUGCAGCCUGUGGUUGGUCAUACUGUUACACCAUUCCUGCAUUGCAGUUCAUAACGUCAUUAUGUUUAUUGUAUAGUUCUUGUAUAUAAGUACGUGAAUGAAAGCUUUAAAUGUUAAUAUUUAUUGAAUUUUUAAGUGGUAUGGAGAACAAAGUAAAACAUGUUUGAAAGAACU